CAGUAGUUUUCAGCAGUGUUGGACUUUGCCUCAUUAUGACGUCCACACACUUUAUUAUUCCAACCGCAGUGAGGGUCACAAGAACCUCGGUAAACUAACACAGAGCUCCACAAUCCAACCACCACAAAGGAUCCAGACUGAUGAAGCUAUGGGUGCACUGAAUCUCAGGAUUGCAUCCACCACUGCCAAACUGGAAGAAUGGGUCUCAGAUCCCAGAAACAGCCAGAAACUGAUUGAUGACCUGGAGAAGAAGCUCGCUCAGGGUGAGAUGGAGGCUCUGGAGGAUUAUCUGAAGGAUAAGAAGCUGAAAAGGAGUCUGUGUUUUUAUGCUGAUGAUGUUGAUAAGAUUAGAAACAACGAUGAACUCGGGUGGUUCCUUGACGUGAUGAACGGUACUAAAUUCCCUAAAAGUGUACUGGAUUUGUUUUUUCAGAACACAGACUACAACCCACCAAAUAAUUUGAAGAUGGAAGUGCACCCAGAAAUCUACACUGAUUUUAGACUAGAUUUUAGAAAGAAUAACGACUUAGCCACACCGGGUGGAGAAAACGUGGCUCCUAAUCAGCAGAGAAACACAGGUACAUCUGGGGUAGUGAACGAGGGGAAACAAGAACCCUCGCCCAGCAAUAACGCACCAUCGGCUAGAAAUAAAAACAACGUGCUUCUGGAUUGGGCAGUGAAACAAAGCAACGUCAGUGAGAAAGAGCUCAAGCAGGUUUUUGACAACAUCUCAAUCAAAAACGUGGUGGAACACAGAGAGUAUCAGUUUUUUGUAGCUGAAAAUGUCAUGGUCUACAAGAAGCCAGAAACCGGAGAACAAGAAAUCCUCGUCGUCACUGAUGAAAACUCUUAAUCUGAUUCAUUAUCAGAUGAUUGUGAGCAACAUUCACAAAUCAAUCGUGUUAAGUACCGAGGAACCUAAAGAGCAGCACAUCAAGUAUAACGAGACUCUGGUUCCUACCAGUCUGUGUCUCAGGUGCAUUUCAGAGGUUUUCCUCCCCGCUCUGGCUGUCUUAAAAAAAGUUCAGAGAACAGAGAAGUUUUCACACCUGAAAACAAACGAGUAAUAAUAAACCUCAGUGAUCUCAGUUCAUCUUAGUGCACAUGGAACAUCAUUCUGUUCAUUUAUUUAUGUUUUAUAGAAUAAAAGUUCAUUUCCUGGCUGUGACCUGCAGUAAAUAUUUGUGCACCUUGUGUAAAUUCCAUGAUUUGUUGAUUUUUAGAGUGAAGAUAAAGAGUUCUCUACACUAUUGUUUAUCACAUCUGCACAAUCUGAUGCACGAUGACUGUUUAUCAAAUAUAUAUUAUAAUUCAUGUGCAAAAAUGAUUCUGCUAUGUGUUUGUUUUCAUUUAUUCAUUCAUUGUGGCCAAAAGUAUGUAGACUCCUGACCAUGAGACUUAAGCGAUUCCAAAACAAGCGGUAUUAAUAUUGAGCUGCACUCCUCCCACACUUGCAGCUAUAACAGACUUUCAGACCUUCAACUUUCUAGAAAUCUUUUUUUUUUUUUAGGUUUUUUAGCUUUGACAGGGCAGUGGUAGCCAGAGAUGUUCACAACUCACAAAAUACGAGUCCGAGUCAAGUCACAAGUCAAUAUAAUCUACACUAAACAUAUAUUGGAAAUGUAGCGUAGAAAUAAAGAAAUAAUCUGUAAGUUCAGAUAAAAACAACAACAGAUUAGCGAGUAUUUAGCCGUUUUACUUUCCUAGGUACCAGUUAAAAGCUUAAACUGACAUUUUGUUUUCAUUCCAAAUUACGGCACAGCGGCCAAAAUCCCAAACACAGCAAAAAACCUCCAGUAGGAACAAAUGUAUAGAUCAGCACGACGCUCUGGAGAGAUUCUGCGUAGAGGAUUGGACUCAAAUUCCCUGCUCUGUAUUCUCCAACUUAAUAAGUUAUAGGAGAAGACUUAGCACCGUUUCAUUGGCAAAUGGAGGUUGUACAAAGUAUUAACUUUCAUGUAUCUUAUGUAUGUGACGGACACGUGAUUGAAGGUUUGUGUACGUGAUGACGUUGAUGUGCGUGUGACAACAGUUAAAUAAAGAUGUCGAUAAAGUAA